AUGAGUAAUCUAAUAAUAGAUCUGAAUGAUUUACAAAGGUUAAGACAAAAUAACAACAACGGGAACCAGUACUUAUAUGAUGAUCCCAUUCGAUGUCGUGUAUUUACACAAAUAGUUGAACUUGAGUUUUUGGAUCCUAGAACCACCUCACCUGCAAACUUUUGCAUGUGUAACAUUAAAAUAAGAAACAUUUCAAUGUUUCGUGAUCUUCUUGAUUAUCGACCUCAAGAUAUUACUCUCGUAGUAAAAAUGGAUGAAAAUGUGUAUGAUAGCAUAUCCAAACAAGGGAAUAGAUCAAUACAAAGUGGUGAUCUAUGUGAGAUGAAUCUCGUAACAUGGAAUCCACAAAAUCAUUUGAACAGUACCACUGAAUUAUGGGAAGUUAUCGAUAUGAAUUUCCUUUCACUGACUGAUAUAGAAGACCUACAUACUUUUUUAUUAAGUAAAGAAGGGAAAGAAUUCCUAAUGAUGUCAAAUCCAGCCCAGAAUGUUACCUAA